GAAGUGUAUUUGAACUCAGCACGAUAUCUCAGCAACUGUCAUGGCGUCUCCCUUGAAGGGGGCUUGGAACCAGAGACAGUAGCCUCUGUCAGCUCUUACUUUUCGCUCUCCUACUGUGAAGUAAAGCCUUUCUGAGGAGGUUUAUUGGAGCCGCUGGUUACCAUGGGGACCGUCCAUGCGAAGAGUCUGGAUCCGCUCCCGAUGCAUGGCCGCGAUUUGGGCGUCAACCCCGAUGACCUGAUGGAGCCUCCAGAGCAGGAGCAGGAGUCCAAGCAGGAAGUCCUGGAAAACAAAGAUGUGGUCGUCCAGCACGUCAACAUCCAGGGGCUGGGGAGAACCAAGGAGGAUCUGCUUGGCUACGAGAUCUCCGAUGUAUUCCAUGCCAAGAACCUCAUUGACGUGAUGAAGAGAGCUCACGUUGCCAGACUGAGGCUUCUCCGUCUCGGAGUGUUCAAAGAGGUGGAGGUUCUCAUCGACACGUCAGAGGGUAAAGACGCUCUGCCCAACGGCUUGGACAUCACCUUUGAAGUGACGGAGAUCAAGAGGCUGACAGGGAGCUACAACACUAUGGUUGGCAACAACGAAGGAAGCAUGGUUCUGGGGCUGAAGCUGCCCAACGUAUUCGGCCGAGCUGAGAAAGUCACCUUCCAGUUCUCCUACGGGACAAAGGAGACUUCCUACGGCCUGUCGUUCUUCAAACCGCAACCUGGAUACUUUGAACGCAACUUCACCCUGAACUUAUAUAAAGUCACGGGUCAGUUUCCAUGGAGCUCCUUAAAAGAGACUGACAGAGGCCUGUCUGCAGAAUUAAAUUUUCCUCUCGGUGUGACCAGCCACACAUUGAAGUGGGAGGGAGUGUGGAGGGAGCUGGGCUGCCUGGCACGCAGCGCCUCCUUCGCAGUGCGAGAGGAAAGCGGCCACUCGCUGAAAUCUGCCCUUUCGCACUCUAUGUCCAUCGACUCGAGGAAUUCUGCUAUCUUUCCAAACAGAGGUGCCUUACUUCGCAUCAACCAGGAACUGGCUGGAUACACCGGGGGAGACGCCAGCUUUUUGAAAGAGGAUUUUGAGCUUCAGCUAAACCGAAAGCUUUUCUGGGAUUCUGUUUUGUCUGCCUCUCUAUGGGGGGGUAUGCUUUAUCCCCUCAGAGGACAGCCGUCCUGCAUCGCUGACAGGUUCUACCUUGGAGGUCCCACCAGUGUCCGGGGCUUUGGGAUGUACAGCAUCGGGCCACAGAGUGAAGGUGACUAUCUGGGCGGUGAGGCGUACUGGGCAGGCGGUGUGCACCUCUACACACCUCUACCAUUCAGGCCUGGCAAGGGAGGCUUCGGCGACCUUUUUAGAACGCACUUUUUUCUCAACGCAGGCAACUUGUGCAACCUUAACUACGGCGAAGGCCCCCAGGCUCACCUCCAGAGGCUGGCCGAGUGCAUCCGCUGGUCGUACGGGGCCGGCAUCGUGCUGCGACUCGGGAACAUCGCCCGGCUGGAGCUGAACUACUGCGUACCCAUGGGAGUUCAGAGUGGAGACAGGAUAUGUGACGGCGUCCAGUUUGGAGCAGGAAUUCGCUUCCUGUGAUUUCUCGUUGCAUCCCCCCCUCACCUCCCUCACCCCUGACCCCCAGACCCCUGCCUGUCUUGCAGAGUUUGAUGUGAAUAGAGAGAGCGUCUUUGUCAGGUUGCACCUAUAACUUGUUUGGGAGUGUAAAAACAGUAGCAUGGGCUCACGCUACGGAAAAAUAAGCCACGCCCCCCUCUGUGCCAUGGUUUCCUGUGUUCACAAGCGGCUGCUGAAAACUACCAGCCACCAUGCAGCGUCAACUCAGCUGAGUUAAAAGUAAAACUGGGGGACAUGAAUCAUGUUGUGUUUUGCUCGGUAAUCUGCACCUCUGGUAUUUUGUGUUCCGUGUGGUGAAAAGUAAAAGUUUCUGGCAAAUAUUAAAUAGAUUGUUGGCAGGUUGCCUCGUUGGUUUCUUACUCAGGACUACAGUUUGUUCCUGACGCUGAACAUCAGGAUCCUCCGUCUGGUUCAUUCAUCCUGCUGACCAGCUGCAGAAGAACCUGGAGAAAAUCAGUUCUGAUUUCUUCACAACAACAAUGUAGGUCAGACACUGCAGAUGAGAGGUGGAAUGUCACCAUAGCAACAUCCACCAGCGGUGUUUUUACCCUCACUUCUCUUAUUCAUGUUAAAAUGUUCACUAAUAAAUCCUAGCUGCUCCCUUGAA